AUGGACCAAACACAUGUCCGAGCCCUGGAGGCUCUACAGCCAUUCAUCCACCUCGCCAACUCCAAUAGUGCCACCUCCCCGCGCUUCAUAGCCAAUCUGAUUACGAAUGCCACAUCGAGUCCCCAAACCUACGUCUUCGCCGAGCUCCUCGAAACCGAAACAGUUCAAGCCCUAGCCUCUCCAGACACCCCCGCCGAAUACCAGGCCUACCUGAAGCUGCUACAGAUCUUCGCCUGGGGCACAUGGCAGGAAUACCAGGGUAGGAUUACCUCAAGCCCCUCAACUAUUAUUUCGAAAAUAGUCCACCUGAAACCCCCCAACCUCCCGAAACUGAGCAGCGAACAAUCUCUCAAACUCCGCCUCCUCUCUCUCCUCUCUCUCGCUGCAUCCGCCGAAUCUCUAACCUACCCAGCCCUCAUGAACGCACUCUCUUUCUCCUCAACCGCCGAGCUAGAGUCCCUGGUUACAACAGCCAUCUACGCAAACUUGAUAUCCGCCCGUCUCUCCCCCGCAACGACCCCACCCAAUGUGAACGUCACCGCCGUCGCACCCCUCCGCGACGUCCAGCCACAGGCUCUCCCGAAAAUGAUCUCCCUCCUGACCGACUGGGAAGCUCGAUGCGGAGAAGUAGUAUCCGACCUGGAAGCCGAGAUUGCGCGAGUUAAAUCCAAUGCGACGGCGCGCCAUGCCAAGGACCAGGCAUACCAAAAACGCAUCGAGGAAGCCAUGGAACGGCGAAAGGCAAUGGGUGGCUCCUCUCUCGAUACCUCUUCAGGUGGCUCGUCGCGUGGGAAACUCGGUGCUUUUGGGCGUCGGCCGGUUGGGCGGUGGGCCGCUGGCGGCGGGGCUCCGGGCAAUAAGCGGGAGGCCGAUGAUAUCGAUCGCGAUGAUGGGUUCUGGGAAUCUGGUGAAGGUGCUGAGGCUGGUUCUCGGAUGGAUAUUGAUGAAGCGCCGGCGUCUCGUGGUGGGAGCAGGCAUUCAAAGCGCAUACUCGGGGGGAGAAAGGCCUAA